AUGGGCUUGAAAUGGGCCGAGUAUAAACUCCCACCAAAUCACCCCAUGUGGACAGAAAAGCAUCAACACAUGAAUAUCAUAGCAAGGUCUCAAGAUGACUUCUAUCAGAAUUCUGUUUGGAUAGAACUUGACACGCGAGUCGAAAAAGCAAAGGAUAUCUUACGCAAGAGAGCAGUGGAAGAAAAGAAACAAAACCAGUUGUCAGUUUUCCGCUUAGCCAACAAAGGCAUUAGCUGGGACGUUCGUGGCAAAUACAGUAUUCAGUGCAAAACCAUCGAAGAUGCUUACGGCAAAGGCGGUCCUUGGUGGAUGGAAAUCUUCAUCGAACCAGCAGCCCACCGCCAACAUAUGUUCGCGAAGUUCGAUAUCGGGUUGAUUCAAGGCAUCAUGCGCUUUGGUGCAGCGAAACAUAAAUCGCUAGUUAAAAAGCGCAAAUACGACGAUUACUCUGAGGAGUAUCACAAUGCACGUUUGUGGGAACGAAGAAGUCCUACGCCGGAAUUUGCGAAGAUCAACUCUGAUGAUUUGCCGUCGACGGAAAAUGCGGAGUGGAUGUAUAUAUGGCGUGGCGAGGGAAAGGGGGAUGGUGAGCGUGAGGUGAUCAACCCGUACGCGAUGACUUUCAAGGAGCCUAGAGGUAUGAUUAUCGAGGGGUUUUUUGGGUGUGAGUACUUCGAUGAAAACCUCACGUUUCGAGGCGUCAAGAUUGCUGCUGGAAGGGAGUAUGAGCGUGACUUUGGAUAUGAUUGGAAUGAGUUGAAGGAUAAUUGA